AUGAGCGGGGUGGGGAUAGCGGCGGGGGCGCGGCCCCCGAGCUGGGCCACCCCGGGCUCCCGGGGCACGUCGCGCCCGCGCGCGCGCCCACCUGCGGGGCUGCCAGCGGCGGGGCCGCAGGGCGCGCAGGCCGGGCUGAGCGAGGCGCAGAAGCGGGUCCUGGACCUGGAGAAGAGCCUGCAGUUCCUGCAGCAGCAGCACUCGGAGACGCUGGUCAAACUCCACGAGGAGAUCGAGCACCUGAAGCGGGAGAACAAGGAUCUCCAUUAUAAGCUCAUAAUGAAUCAGAAGCCACCGAAAAAAGGUAGCAUCUCCACUUUGAGCUUUCAGUCCAACAAGUCCCUCUCCAAUUCGACGGUGUCGGUUGGUUCCCAAAGCAAAGCCAGGCUCCAGGCUGGCUCCUUCAAGAAGCAGGACUCGAGAGCUGACCCCUUCCAGAAGACGGACCUGGACGAGGAGCCCAUGAACACCCCUGGGUUUCACAGCAGCAAGCCGGACAGAGUCCCUGGGGCACAGGGGCAGGCCAGAGACGAAGAGGUGGAGCCCUGGAACCCGGGGGCCGCCCUGCGCGGGGGCAGCCAGCACAAAGGCAGGCAGGCAGUGGGGGCGGGCCCCCUGGCGAGCCUGCCCCCGCACCUGCGGAAGCCCACCACGGUGCAGCAGUGUGAGGUGGUCAUCCGACAGCUGUGGAACGCCAACCUCCUGCAGGCCCAAGAGCUGCAGCACCUCAGGUCCCUCCUGGAAGGGAACCAGGGGGCCAAGGCUGCCGCGGACGAGGCUUCCUUCCCCAGGGAGCAGGAGGCAGCACAGUUCCCCAAGCUGUCAACCUCCAAGGGCGUCUCUAAGAAGUGCCUGAUCCUCAGUCCCGUGCCCAUGGCGGAGUGCUCCAUCCUGCCCGCGCUGAAGCAGACCCUGAAGAGCAGCUUCGCCGAGCGGCAGAGGCGGCUGCAGGUGGUGCAGAGCCGGCGCCUGCACCGCCCGGUGCUCUGA